UCCCUCCCCGGCUCCACCUGUGGGUUGUGGCCUGGUUCCGAUCGCUCGCAUCGCAUCCCUUCCCCGGAACCUCGGCGUCCUCCUAACUCCCAUUCGCCUCGAGGCUCCCUCCACCUCCUCCUCGUCCCACCGCUUCCGCAAAAGCACAGCAGCUGUUGGCCCUGUGGAUGGUGCGACAUCUGCUUCGUGCGCCGAGGGUGUUCGAUGGAAUGAUCCGCCCGAGAGAGAUCUUAUUUUACAGGAUGUGAUUUGCUAGAAGAAGGUGCACCAAAUUGUGAUGAGUAUCAUAUUGUUGUCACAAUGCCUUAAUUUGGUGUUUCUUUCAGCCACACCAUUCAAUGGUCUGAUAAGUUUCUGAAGAUUGAAGGUAAACAAACCUGAAACAUUCUUAGUUCAGUCUGCAGAAAAUAUGAUGUACUCUUAGCAACUGGCAAGGAUCCAAUGAUUUUCCUUUUGCGAGUAACAAAUUCCAUCGGUGAAGUUUGCCUUCAAGUAAAACCCAGAGCUUGCCGACAGCUGGCUUGCUUGGAUGGGCAUUUGGUUUAACCGUCAUGCUACAAGUCAGUGUGGCAGAUCUCUUAUUUCUGUAUGCUUGGGACUUCAUUUUCGUGCUCGAUCUUUUUGUAACAAGCUCAACAAUGGAAUUGCCCUAAAGGAUAAAAGGCUUGUUAGGUUUGACAGGAAUUUGAUUGACAUGUUUGCACUACAUGUACUUUUGCAACAAUGUGCGAAGAGGAGGUGCCUCUUGAUUGGGAAAGGCUGCCAUGGUUUAGCCGUCCAUUUAGGUCUGGAAACUGAUACUACCACGUGCAAUAUUCUGAUCAACUUGUACACAAAAUGUGGCAUGAAUGAUUGUGCCCGUCGUGUUUUUGAUACAAUGCCUUUCAGAAGCAUAGUCUCAUGGAAUACCAUGAUUGCUGGGUAUACUUGCAAUGGAAAUGAUUUACAAGCUCUGAAGCUUUUUUCAAAGAUGCAUGAAGAAGGGAUACAGAUGAGUGAAUUUACCUUAUCCAGCACCCUCUGUGCAUGUGCUGCAAAAUUUGCUACCGUAGAAUGCAAACAAUUGCACACUAUUGCCAUCAAGCUAGCAUUGGACUCCAAUAGUUUUGUUGGAACUGCAGUUCUUGAUGUUUAUGCAAAGUGUAAUAUGAUUAAUGAUGCAUGCUUGGUUUUUGAGAAAAUUCCUGAGAAAACUGCAGUUACAUGGAGUACAUUCAUUGCAGGACUCGUGCAAAAUGGUCUUCAUGAAGAUGCAUUGUGUUUAUUCCAGAGGUCACUAAGGGAAGGAGCACAAUUUUCUGAAUUCACUCUUUCUGCUAUACUCAGUACAUGUGCAAGCCUAGCAUUGAUGAUUGAAGGAAUACAGCUUCAUUCAGUUACUUUCAAGUAUGGUUUUCAUGGUAAUUUUUUUGUGGCAUCAUCUCUCGUGGAUGUCUAUGCAAGUUGUGGGAAGAUUGAGGAAGCCUAUCUAAUAUUUUAUGAUAUGAAACACAAGAAUGUAGUUCUGUGGAAUGCAAUGAUUACUAGUUUUACUAGGCAUGGCAAUUUUUGGGAAGCAAUGAUUCUGUUUGAGAAAAUGCAGCAGGCAGGGAUAUCUCCAAAUGAAGUUACUUAUGUCUCCAUGUUGUCAGUGUGUAGUCAUGCAGGUUUAGUUGAAAAGGCCCGCUGCUACUUCAGCCUGCUAAUAUCUGAUCAGACUGUCGAACCUAAUGCCCUUCACUAUUCUUGCAUGGUAGAUGUUUUGGGGCGAUCUGGGAGGACUGAUGAGGCUUGGGAACUGAUUCAACAAAUGCCAUUUGAGCCAACUACUUCUAUGUGGGGAUCUUUGCUUGGAUCAUGCCGUAAGUACAGAAAUAUUGGAUUAGCCAAACUAGCAGCUGAACAGCUUUUCAAACUGGAACCACAAAAUGGAGGGAACCAUGCUUUGCUUUCAGAUGUAUAUGCGGCCAGUGGAAACUGGGAGAAUGCUGUGUUGGCAAGGAAAUACCUGAAUGAUAGUGGCGCAAAGAAAGACAUGGGGUCAAGUUGGAUCUAUGCAGCUCAUAUUUUUGGUUGUGAACAAAAAGAGGAGCUGUUUGUGCAGACUGCCAUUCCUUAAUUAAGAUUGCAAAUGGCAUUGGUCAUGGUCAGAGAUAUCAAUUUCACCAUUUUAAGGAUUGACGUGUUAUUAUGACGACUUUUGGUAAUUGAUUGCUAAAUGAGGGAUGGCAACAAUUUAUUUCUGGCACUGUGUUCUUAUCAUAUAGUAAAUUCUAAAUUGUUGCCUUGCGGUAGUCUCUAUAUUGAAGAUAAAUGUCAGUACUUGUGCUGAUAGCUUUGUUAUUCAAGCCAAUAUUGUCAUUUUGUGGCCCCAUUUAGUGUGACAUCAACACUAUCAUUUGAACGUUAAUAGCAUAUCAAAGGCUGAGUUGAGUCGCUUAUUAUCAUAAUAGCUAGUGUGACCUACAGUAAUGAAGUAUAUCUUGUACAGUGCUUUUGUAAGCCAAUGUUUUUAGCAAUGAAAUAUUUGUUUGUGCAGAGCUGUGCAUGGAAAGUGGAUGCACGAUUUGUUGAGUUUAUAGAAAAGGCCUCUUAUAGAAAUGCACAUGAAAGGAUGAUUUCUUCUAUUCCUGUCUUCCUCGUUAUCUUUCCAGUUCACAGUGAACUCUCAAAGGGCUUGAGCAUAGUUUGGUACAACAUGGCAUAUCUUAGGUCCUAAAGAGCCUCCAUUGGUCCACCAUCAGCCCAUGUUUACAUCUGUCUCUCCAGAAAAGUACUGUUUUCGUCAAAAGAGCUGGUGUCUAGAACCACUAGCAGGUACUGAGGAAAGGGCAAAUAAUUGACACUGGAGAUUAUGACUAUUCAUCAGCAUUUUGUAGGUCCGACCAGUUUCAUGAGCCAGACCUCUGGUACCUCCCGGGACUUAAUUCACUCAUGUGAUGCUUCUUAAUCUCCCUCCCUCCCUCUCUCUCAAAAGUAGUGUGUCAUUGCACUCUCAUCUCGGUUUUUUCUCAGCUAGUAAUGGUCACCUCACCAUUGCCUGUUUAGCAUUGGACAUUGCCAUACAGUAUUUCUUGGUUUUCCUGGCUGAUCCUCCAUGUGCCUGUGUAUUUUUAUCCAAUAAAAGUGGCUUUGGAAAGGAACUAGGGUUCUUCUGGUUAUAAAAGAGUUGUUUACUUUGUCAGACAAAGAACUACAUAUUUAGCUGGAGUGUACUUUUACGUGGAUGACGUGAUUAGUUUGUACUUUGUACUAGUUGCAUCCAUCCUUUGACAACUCAUUUCUUUUGCAUGAAAGAAACACUUCCUUUCCUUGGUAUGUGUUGAGCAUAGUAGGCGAGAGUCUACUUUACCAUUAUGGCCCUCACAUGACGCUUUAGUUGUAGUGAUUCAGAUAAUAUUAUCUGGUGUUCAAAGGUGUUAAUCAUGUAACCCUGGAGUGCCUCGGAUAAGGUUCAUGUCUGGUCAUUAGGGAAAGCCUCCGCUUCUGCACAUGGCUCCUGUUCUCGGUCGCCAGCAGCAGACAGGAAAUCCUGCUGGUGAUACGGCUACUUGCAACUGCAGAGGUCUUUACACUGAUGUGCUCUCAUACCCUAUUAGGUGACCUAAGCGUAAGGGCUCUGGUGCAAAUAGCCGUACAUUGCCGUCGCCGCCUCCGCCUCCGGCUCUGGCUCUGGGCCACAGUCGAGGUUCACGCCGAACAGCCGGAGCUUCCUCGACGGUGCUGUAGGCGUGCCGCUGCUCUUGGCGUCCGCCUCGCCUGCAAUCAUCCACGAGAAAUAUGUUCAAAAAAUCAUCCACGGGAAAUGGGGAUGCUGCUGCAUUAUUCCCAUUCAAACCAUCGGUUCAGGACGACCUGCCCCGGCCUCCUCCUGGCCUGUGGCCUGGUCCGGACCCUGCCUGCACUGCUAGCUGGGAGUGUUGAACAUGGUGGCUGGUGAUCGAGGCUUGCGUGGGGGCAAAGCGAUUGGCCCUCACCACGGCCCUGCCUCCUCCUGCUCGUGCUUGGAUCGAUGCCUCCCUCCCCUGCUGCUGCAGAUUAGCGGUUGUUAUUACCAUGCAUCAUCGCCAUUUGGGAGGCACCUCGUCUUGUUGGAAGAUUGGCGUACAGGACACCAGAUGAUCUGUUCCUGGCAUUUUUAAUGGCGGAUCUGUAUCAGAUCCCGUAAACUAUUGGGGAUGAAAUCGGCCAUGUCGCUUUGCUUGCUUCUUUGGAGACAGCAUGUCAACCUUUGGAGAAACCGGAGGGGCCAUGAGGGAAGGCUGUUGCUAUUAUAUCAGCUGGUACUGUACUGUCCAGAAUCCAAUCAUAACGGAAAAUGGGAAGUGUAUAAUUUACCAUCUCACGUGGCAUUGGCAUAUACUAGUGUGCGGUCUCUUGCCUAGCUGUCGCUGGGGCUACAGGUUCCCAAACGCCAAAGUAAAUCUUGCACUGAAAUGGGAAACAAGAUCAAAGAUUGGACCUGCACCAGAGAUCCCUUGCUCCAUCUCCAAUUUCCAACAAGUUCGCGAAUCAGGCCCCUAAACUUUGACCAGGAUUCAAGAUCCAGUCCAGCAUACUUUUACCUGAUUUCAUUGAGUAAUCGCCCAUCGUUGAAGGAGGUAUCGAUCGGCAACAUGGACCGGACCGCAGCCGCAUCAUUGGAACCCCGUCAGCUGAUCCGCAGCACAACACAUCGAGAUACCGCAUGGGGCUCAUCAACCGGGGCGGGGGAGCUUGUGAAGUGUGUCCAAGUGCGUAUCCUAUUCGAGCGUGACCACGAGGCAGGGCAGCCACGGCGCGGCCGGCCGGGCACAGGCAGCUUGUUUUUCUAGCUUCUCUCCUCCUCGCAGCGCAGCUAAGCAAGCUCAAUCAUGCAGCUCACCUGCCCAACAAUCUUUUCUCCGUGCACAUGAGCGGCUUGGUUUCUUAUGCAGGGGAAUUGAAUUGAAUACCGGGGCGAGGUGGAGAUGAGGGGACACAUGCUAAUGCCCCCUCCCCUGCUUAUGUUAUUCCUGCGGCUCCGCUGCUUUCCAUGAGAGGCCACGUCUGUCUUGCCUGCCUGCCUGCUUGCUUUCCUUCCUUCAUGCAGGACUGGUGUGCCUGGUGCGGCGGAGGAUGCAGGAGGGCUCCAUCGCCGUGACGGACGUGGAAAGGAUUAUAGUAACCAGAUCUUUGCGGAUGCGUGCGCGGGGGGGAGGCGCACAGUGCAAAUAAACAGUGCAGUGCGAGGAGCAGAUGUCCAUGCCUUGCCUGGUGCCUGCCCACCCCACCAGAUUGGAGCUCGCCUUUCCUCUUGCGCACCGGACAGCGCCGUGACGUGAUAGAGAAUGCCAGGCCAGGCCAGGAGCCGAGCGAGCCGGCAGGAGAUUGAUGACGAUGAUGAUGGAGAGAGAGAAGGAACUGGCAUGUUUUCUGAGGCCUUUUCACCCUCGGCAGAGGCCAAUGGCCAGGGCCUGCAAGCAUGGUGUCAUGCUGGUGGUGUAGUAGUAGGUGCCCGGCCCGGCCGCUUUGUGUCAGCGUGAAAGGGCGCCUUUUGUGGUGUGGAGGGAGGGAGACAAAGCGGAAGCAAGGUCCUGAUUACCACGACCCUAGUUGCAGGCACUAGUCUCUCCUAUAAUACGGCGCAGAGACAGCCACUGGCCGCCGGCCGGUCCGCACUGCACGACCGGAAAAAGGAGUGGCAGUAAAAAGCGGGUGGCUAAUGUUGGAGUUGAUCUCAAGGUCCAAUUUAAAGAUUGGGCCAAACCUCUUCACACGCCCUGAUCGGGGACGUCCAGUCCGUUAUGACUGGUGGGCCCCCGUUGCCAGUGCUAUAUAAGAACAAGAGGGGUUGGGGCACGGUACCCUAAGUUCACCGCCGCCACUUCCCCUCCGAUAUCCCGAUCCGAUCCCGGGAGCGCUUGGCCGACGGGAAGACGGGAAGCUACACCAGUGCCGCCACGCGACGUCCACCACGACGAUCCGAUCUGCUGCUCCCAUCCCCGGACAGUGCCGGUGGAGAACCGAGGGGUACCACUUCCCACGCCGACCUUCGCCGCCGCCGGACGCCCUCUUCUCCGACCCGGAGUUCGCCGCCGCUGUCGGAGUCAUGACUGCUCCGAGCUCCAGCGCCUCCACCCCGCCGCCCAGCACCGGCGGAUCUGGUCUACCCUUUGCCUCACUCUCUCUCUCUCUCUCUCUCAUUUAUGUAAUAGAUCUAGGGAAGAACCUUUUUACUUGUGUAUUCAUGUCAAGAACGUGUGCAUGUGCCUGAUCUAUGUGCACAGAGAAGGAUCCUUGUGUAUCUCUAGAAUAUCAGAAUUCAACAAUGGUAUCUAUCA